AUGUGGUGCAAAAUCUUAUCAUCCAGGUCAGAUGUGCCCCUGGUUGGGGUCUCGAGCGCUGACAAGGUGGACUUUUUCUUGGCUCUCAGGUGGGUGGACUCCCCAGUUCCUGAAGGCAAUUUCAGUGUGGAAGCUGAUCGAGAAGUUUGCUGCCGCAUUACGAAGGCUGCGUUGGAAGCCAAGUUGGGCCAGCUUGCUGGCAAACGCAAGCACCUCAACGUAUUCAGGUACCUUGCAGGCAGGUAUGAAGACUUUAUUGGCACCCCACCCAGGACGCGGACCCCAGAGUCAUUUGCUUCGAACUUUCACAUUACUUCGCUGGAGAAGUCUGCCAAACAGCGGAAAGGUGUUACGGCAGUCGCUUGUGCUGUUUUGUCGGGAGACGUUGGCAUGCUGCGACAUCUGGUAAAGUGCAGAGCGCAGCUUGACAUCCAAAUGCCAGAGUUGUGGGAAGUGGGAUUGCCGCCAGGGUGCACAGCACUCAAUCUGGCCUGCACGAGAGGCUCUCGAGGUCUGGAUAUCCUGGAGGAGCUCCUGAAACUUAGAUGCGAUGCCAACGCUUGUGACCAAGUUGGCGGCCCUGCGUUGUGCUCUUGCGAUGACGACAGAGCGGUUGAGCUUCUUGUACGGUACAAUGCAGACAUCAAUUUCGCGAAGCCUCCCACGAAAACACCUGCGCUAUGCGGCGUGUGUGCCCGAGGUGCGGAGCACAGGUUGUUGUGCGACGGGGCGGAGAUGGUAUUGGUAUGCCAAGCAUUUAGCCGUGCAAGUCUAACGAAUGUAUAUCGUAGAUUUGAUCACGUGGUUGCCUCAAUCCAAUUGCCCUUCUGUCGAGAGUAG